GCACUGCACUAUGGGACAGACGGCCUUAGCCGCGCGAACGUAAUGAUGGCUCGACUAGUGCGACUCCUUCUACUGUUCCUUUUAACUUCCUUCUGUUACUGCAAGAUACAAGAACAACCCUUCGAACGUGUCAUAGAAGAGGUCAGUAGAAGGAAGCUAGAAGAGUUGAUAGAGGAGGAGGAAUUCUUAUCCGUUUUCUUCUAUACUAAAAAAUGUGCGGAGUGUGACCAAGUACUCGAAGAAUUAGAGAAAAUUAACGAAGAAGCUGAAAGUUUCGGAAUCAAACUUGUUAAAAAUAGUGAAAGAGUCACAGCAAAAAAAUAUGGUGGAUCCACACUGCCAGCUCUUGUUUAUUUUAGAAAUCAGGAACCAACCGUAUAUGACGGAGAUUUACUGGACGAAGGGAAUGUGUUGGCCUGGUUGACGAACAUAGAUUCCUUAGAACUACCUGACGCCAUAGAAGAAGUGAAUGCAAAAAUUCUUAAGAACAUAAUUGAUGAAUCUGACUAUGUAGCAGUGCUUUUCAUUAGAGAUAAUUGUAAAGAGUGUGAAAUGGUCCUUCACGAACUGGAAGACAUAGACGACGAGGCGGAUUCGAACGGAAUCGGUUUCGUUAAAAUCAACGACAAGAGUUUAGCAUCAGAACUCGGAAUUAAGAAAAUACCCGCAUUAAUGUAUUAUCAGAAUAAAGUCCCAACGUUAUAUACGGGCGAUUUAGAAAAUGAAAGGAAAAUCCUCCGAUGGCUCAUCAGAUUAAAGAAAGGUUUAGAAGAUACCGUUAUAGAAGAAGUUAAUGGAGAUUCGCUCAACGAUUUAAUCCAAAAGGAACCAUUUUUGGCAGUUUUAGUUUACGAUCGGACGAGCGAUAAAAGCAAAGCAAUAUUACAAGAACUGGAGAAAAUCGAUGACGAAUCAGACAUUCCAAUUGUUAAGAUUAACGACGAGAAACUGGUUGAUAAAUAUGGCUUGGAUUCGCUACCAGCACUUAUAUACUUCGAGAAACAAAUUCCAAACUUUUAUCAAGGUGAUUUACUGGAAGAGAACGAAGUCCUUAAUUGGUUGACGCAACAAAAAGAAUCUGACGAAAUCGAAGACGUCACCGACAAAGUAUUAGAGCAGAUGAUUGAAACUUCCGAAUGUGUUGCCGUUUUAUUUUACGAUGGUAAGGCUGAAAGUAAGAAAGUCCUUCAGGAACUGGAAGCCAUUGACGACGAAGCGGACCAUAAUGGCAUUCCAUUUGUUAAAAUUGACGACGACAAAAUUGCUGCUAGAUACGGUAUUUCUAAAGUACCGGCUUUGGUCUAUUUCGAGAAGAAAUUUCCAAAUAUAUACCAAGGAGACCUGACUGUCGAAGAAGACGUGUUAAAAUGGUUGGUAGAUCAGAAGUCAUCCGAUGAAAUCGAAGACGUAUCUGAUAAAAUUCUUAAUGACAUGAUUAAAACUUCGAAAUUCCUCGUCGUACUCUUUUAUGAUAAAGACAAUAAGAAAUGCUUAGACGUCAUUAAAGAGUUGGAAAAUAUUGACGACGAAGCGGAUAAGAAGGGUCUACCUUUCGUCAGAAUCGAUGAUGAUAAAGUAGCCAAACAAUUUGGAAUUUUAGACGAACUUCCCGCUUUAGUUUAUUUUGAGAAACAAAUUCCAAGUAUUUACCAAGGUGAUUUAACUGACGAAGAGGAAGUUUUAAAAUGGUUAGUGGAACAGAUGACUUCUGACGAAAUCGAAGAAGUGACGAAUGAAAUGCUAGAUAUUCUUAUAGAAAAUAAUGAAUAUCUCGCAGUUCUUUUCUACGAUAGCUCCUCUAGCGAAAACAUGAGGAUAGUAAAAGAAUUGGAGAAUAUCGACGAUGAUGCUGACAAAAAUAAUAUUGCAUUUGUGAAGACCGAUGACAAGGAAGCAGCCAGGAGAUUUGGCUUGGACCCGUUACCGGGUUUAGUAUUUUUUGAAAACAAACUGCCAAAUUUAUACGAAGGGGAUCUAUCCAGUGAGGAAGACGUGUUAAACUGGCUCUUGGAUCAGCAAGCUUCCGAAGAGAUUGCUGACGUAACAGAAGAAAUGCUUCUUCACUUAAUCGAAACUUCCCCGUAUCUUGCAGUAGUUUUCUACACUAAACAAUCGGCAGAAAGCGAAGCGGUGUUGAAAGAAUUAGAAAAUAUCGACGACGAAGCGGUAGAAUACGAAAUUCCCUUUGUUAAAAUCGAUGACGAAAGUUUAGCCCAGUCUUAUGGCUUAAGUGACGAACUUCCUAUAGUAGUGUAUUUUGAAAACAAGUUACCAACUGUUUUCGAAGGUAAUCUUAGAGACGAAGGAACUGUGUUAGACUGGUUGGUACAGCAGAAAGAAGCUGACAGCAUCGAGGAAGUAACUGAAGAAAUUUUAAAAGAUUUAAUUCUCAAAAAGGAUUAUGUUUUAGUUUUCUUUGCUCCAGAAAAUUGCAGGAAUUGCGAGAUGAUUCUCGAAGAACUCGAGAAGAUCGAUGACGAAACGGAUGAAUACGGAAUCUUGUUUGUAACCACAGAUGACUUGAAACUGGCGAAGAAAACUACAGGACUGAAUCGUUUCCCAGCAUUAGUUCUAUUUCGAAAAGAAGAACCAAUCAUUUUCAGAGGGGAUUUAAAAGACGAAGAUGCCAUUCUGCAAUGGGUAACAAGCGAAGACACUUUGAGAAUUCCCGACCAGAUCGACGACGUCAAUUAUAAGAGACUGGAUAAGCUGCUUAACACUUCGGAAUUUGUUGCAGUGUUAUUCAUUAAACCCAAAUGCCCGGAAUGCGAUUUGGCACUGAAGGAAAUUGAGAAUAUCGACGAAAUGGCCGAUGAAAUGGGGAUCGAUUUAGUCAAGUGUUCGGACCCUAAAGCAGCCAAGGAGUAUCACAUUCUAACAUUCCCAUCGCUGGUAUUUUUUCGUGGAAAGUUUCUUCAGUUCUAUGAAGGUGAUCUCCACGACGAAGAAAAUGUCUUAAUCUGGAUACGUGAAAACAAAGAGAAAGAAGCCAAUGAAAUCGAAUACGUCGAUCGAAAAAUGCUAGAGAUGUUAUUGGAAGAAACCGAGGGACUUGCAGUGUUCUUUUACGAUGAUGAUUGCGCCGAUUGUGAGAAAAUCCUGAACGAAUUAGAAAACAUUGACGAUGAGACCGAUGAGUACGGACUCCAUUUUGUAAAAACGGAUGACGUGGAAUUUGCGAGAGACCUAGCCGUUACGGAGAUUCCAUCUUUGGUCUAUUUUGAAAAUAAUUUUCCAAGUAUUUAUUCAGGGGAUAUACAACAAGAAGAGGAGGUAUUGCAAUGGCUGAUAUUACAAAAGACGGAAGAUACUAUAGAAAACAUCAACAGAGAACUACUUUAUAGAAUGAUAGUGGAACAAGAAUACUUAGUUGUUUAUUUCUAUAUAGAAAACGAUCCAGAAAGCCGAGAGAUUCUCAAACACCUAGAACUUAUCGACGACGAUUGCAGCGAAUAUGAAGUACAACUAGUUAAAAUGAAUGAUAAUUUAAUGGCGAAAAAAUAUGGUAUACGUAAUCCUCCCGGAAUCUCGUACUUUCGAAGAGGAAAAAACAUAAAGUAUCCAGGUGAUUUGUUUGACGAAGAAGAAAUUUUGGAAUGGAUAACGAAUCCAGAAAACAUGGAACUCAGCGACGGAAUCGAAAAACUGAACAGGAGAAUGUUUGAGAGACUCAUAUACAGAACGGACUAUUUGGCCGUCCUCUUUUAUAGUAAAGACUGCAACAAGUGCGCCAAAGUUCUAGAAGAACUCGAAAAAAUCGACGACGAAGCGGACGAAGCCGGUAUCAAAUUUGUGAAGAUAGAAGACGUCAAAAUGGCCAACAAAUAUGGAGUUUUCGCCAUACCCGGAAUUGUUAUAUUCAAAGGAGGUGAUAAGGAUUAUACUAUUUACGCUGGUGACAUGAAACAGGGCGAAAGGAUUUUGGAAUGGCUUUUGAUCCAGAAAAAUCCAAGUAAUGAAUACAUCGAAGAUGUUCAUGGAGAAGUCUUACAGAAUUUAAUCGAUAAUUCAGAUUAUUUAGCCGUUUAUUUUUACACAUCGGAUUGCACAGAAUGCAAAAGAACUUUAGAAGAAUUAGAGAACAUCGAUGACGACACGGAUCGACACGGAAUUCUUUUCGUAAAGACUCAAGAUACAGAAAUUGCUGCGGAGUAUGGAGUUAAUGAUUUCCCAGCGUUAAUCUACUUUGAAAACCAAAUUCCGAGUUAUUACGAAGGAAGCUUACUAGCCGAGGAGGAACUUUUGCAAUGGUUGAUCCAUCAGAAAACGGAAGAUACGAUCGAAACCGUCAACCGUAAUUUAUUAGAUUACUUAAUUCACGAGGAGCAGUACGUUGCUGUUUUAUUUUAUAAACCACAUUGCAAAGCGUGCGAGGUCGUUCUUCAGGAAUUAGAGAAUAUCGAUGAUGAUACGGAUCAGUUUGGAAUUCACAUUGUCAAAACUCAGGACAGUGGAGUGGCAAAACGUUACGGAUUAAGAACAUUCCCUUCUCUCAUAUAUUUUAGAAAUGGAAAUGCACUCGUCUUUGAUGGGGAUCUGAAAAAUGAAGAGGCUGUCUUAGAAUGGCUCAUUGACGAUGACAACAGAGAACUGGCAGACGAAAUCGAAGCAAUUAACGCAAGAAUGUUGGACAGAUUAAUUGACGAAUCACCAUUUUUGGCCGUUAUUUUCUACGAGGAUAAUUGCGACGAGUGUUCAGAAAUUCUUCAGGAACUAGAAGACAUCGAUGACGAAGCGGAUUUAUUCGGCAUCGAUUUUGUAAAAGUCAAUGAUCCUGCCGCUUCUGCAAAAUGGAACAUCCUUCAUCAUCCUUCUCUCAUCUAUUUUAGAAAGACAGAACCAGUUUUAUAUGAAGGAGAUCUUUCAAAUUCGGAGAGAGUUUUAAAAUGGUUGACCAGCCAAGACAUGAUUGAGAUGAAAGACGAAAUCGAAGAAGUGAACAGGAGAAUGCUAGAUAAAUUACUGGAAGAUAAUGACUUUGUCAGCGUUUUCUUCUAUGACGAAAACUGUCCAAAGUGUGAUGGGGUGCUUCAGGGACUCGAGAGCAUUGACGAUGAAGUUAGCGAAUUGGAUAUUAUGUUCGUGAAAGUUAAAGAUGCUCGAUACGCACGAAGAUACGGUAUAAAACAGAUUCCUGCACUUUCGUACUUCAGAAGGAAGUUUCCCUCCAUAUACAGAGGUGAUCUGAUGAACGAGAAACAAGUAUUGGAAUGGUUGAGGAAACACCGUUAUCGAAAUCCAGAGCUGAAUCUUUUCAUGUACACCAUAAUUGCAAUUUCGGUGGCCUUCAUACUGUACACGCUAUUCCUCAUGUUCUGUUUCAAACCGGGAAAAGACAAGUAAAAUGUUCAAAAAUGGCGACGACAAUUGCAUAUAUACAUACUGUUUUUUUCGAGAAGGGACCCUCAUUUGAAAUCUUUGCUGAUCGUCUAGGAUUCUUCCUGUUUUUUUUUUUUUUUUUUUUUUAUGUAGCCGUGUCUGUGAUAAAGUGUGUAGCAUUCCCACUGUGUGUCUGUAUGAAAUUCGACAACCUUUCCUCCGAUUUUUGGUUGUAGUAACUCGUUUAAAACGGUCCUUCCGUGUAAAAUUUCUCACUUUGAUUCAGUGCCGGUCUUUACAGGACUUGACAUAUCAAAAGAUCAGCAAACAGAUUUAAAAUUCCAUAAUAAAAUGAGGGUUUUAUGAGAGUGUGAGGUUGGCACUGCAUCGACUUUCGGUCCAUUUGUUACGUUGCAGGGUCAAUAAAUUCCUCCGAAGUGCCUUUCACCAUCGUAACUUACACAUACAACGUUUGUGUCAAUAGCGAUAUCUUCUCGUGGAUGAUAUUUGUAUAUUUUUAAUGUAGAAGAAAAAACAUUUUUCUACAAGAUACAUUAAUUUAUUUAUAUCGAGACGACCUCUCUCCGACAAAUACGCUUAGUGAAAUUUCGCGUACGCUUGAUAAAACAAGAAAUUUUUCAGUAGAAAGUAUCCUGACAAUUGUGUAAAAGUUAAAAAAAAAAUUAUUGAAAGAAAAAUGGCGAUUUUUUCCUAUAUAUUGUGUUCGGGAAAGUUAAUCAUUUCCGUAGGACUGUUAGUUGCAAUGUGAACAUUUUGUGCCUGUAAUUACCAGUGUGGGAAUUAAUUUUUAGAAAUAAUUUCAAAAGAAACAGUAACACGAGACUGUCAAUAAUAGCCGAACAGUGUUUGUAUAACAUUUCAUGAAAAUAAAAUAAAAAGGUAUUUGUGUAAA